GCACGGGGUCCCCGCACCAGCUUCCCUCAGGGGUGAGGGUGGACAGCCCCAGCCAGUGGGAGCCCUACAGACAUCGUGUUCCGCCCUCAGUGACUCAGACCUGUAAUUGUCACCUUCAGAGCAGGCCGUGCGCCGGGCCACUGAGCAGCCACCACCAGAGAAGACGGAAGGUCGUCUGGUUCCUGGGGGCCUGCAAACAGACGUGAAGGGGUGAGCCUGAGGCCCGGGUCCGGCUCCUUCACGAGGGCUGUGACUUAUUACAGGGAGACGAGAACCGGGGGAGUGUUUCCUGAUUCCCGCUGGUGACUUCUGGCGGCACCUGCCUCUCCCUGUAAAUGUGCACCUGCCGGGAGGUAGAGCAGAAACAACACUCAGGUCGGAGACGAAUACAUGACGAGCCCAGACACACCUGCACGGACGGUGCCUCGUGGGACGAGACGCGGUGUGGGCGCCCGAGCCCUGCAUUGGUCCUGGGACGCCUUUAAUCCUCUGCACCUAGGACGAUGACUCAUGUGAGCGAUGGCGGCACAGCAGGGAGCAUUUUCGACCUGGACUACACGUCCUGGAAGAUCCGCUCAACGCUCGUGGUCGCCGGCUUCGUCUUCUACGUGGGCGUCUUCGUCGUCUGCCACCAGCUGUCAUCCUCCCUGAAUGCCACCUACCGCUCCCUGGUGGCCAGAGAGAAGGUCUUCUGGAACCUGGCGGCCACCCGCGCGGUCUUUGGCGUUCAGAGCACGGCCGCGGGCCUGUGGGCCUUGCUGGCAGACCCCGUGCUCCAGGCCGAUAAGGCGUGCGGCCAGCAGAACUGGUGCUGGUUUCACGUGGCGACGGCAACGGGAUUCUUUCUCUUUGAAAACGUCGCGGUUCACGUGUCCAACGUGCUCUUCCGGACGUUUGACUGGUUUCUGGUCGUCCACCACCUCUUUGCCUUCCUGGGCUUUCUCGGCUCGGUGGUCAACCUCAGAGCCGGCCACUACCUGGCCAUGAUCACGCUGCUCCUGGAGGUCAGCACCCCCUUCACCUGCGUUUCCUGGAUGCUCCUGAAGGCCGGCUGCUCCGACUCCCUGUUCUGGAAGCUGAACCAGUGGCUGAUGAUCCACAUGUUCCACUGCCGCAUGGUGCUCACCUACCACAUGUGGUGGGUGUGCUUCUGGCACUGGGACGGCCUGCGCAGCAGCCUGCACCUUCCGCACCUGGCGCUGUUCCUCGUGGGGCUGGGUCUGCUCACGCUCGUCCUCAACCCCUACUGGACCCAUAAGAAGACGCAGCAGCUCCUGACCCCGGUGGACUGGAACUUCGCGCAGCCGGAGCCCGGAGGCGGGCGGCCCGCGGGGGCCAAUGGCCAGGUGCCGCAGAAGAAGGGGCAGUAGCCCCUCGGAGCCCAGGGCCCCGGGGCGCAGCGGCUGCUGUCCACGGGCUCCGCGAGGUCCCCGCCGCAGACUCCCGCAGAGUGAGGCAGGGACCGCGCUGUCCCCGGCGCUCUUUCCGAGUCACACUGACUGUGCUGAUUUCCCGGUGGCCGCAAAGGGUGUGCAAAGCCCGGCUUUGCCUCUGGGGGCACAUUUUUGCCGUCGCGACCCUGUCACCUGCUGUGGUUUGCUCCUGCACGCCUAACCGUGUGCGGCCCUGUCGACCAUCAGGGAGGGCGUCGCGGUGGCGGCCGGGCCACCUGUCCAGGAGGAGGGAGCGCUCCCAGUGCCGGGCAUGACUUGGCAUCAGCAACCCUCCCCCGCCCCCCCUCCUCCGCCGCCGUGGCCGUCAGCAUCCGGUCUGUCCGGUCACACGGUCAGCAGUUUGUGUGUCCUAUCUGGUGGUGGUGACCUUCUUAGCCGCAGGGCACUGUCCUCGGACAGAAGGGGUCCUGCUUGGGCCCCUUGUUAGAAUCUCCGUGGAUGGAGAGGCCAGCCUGGCUGCGGUCGCGCCAUCUGGUGGCGAAGCAGUGGGCGGGCCCCUUGCAGGAGUGACCCUCCCCCCCCUUGGGGGACGGAGCCAGCCUGGUGGGUGCCUGUGCUCCAGUGCAGGCUGUGGGGUCGCGCAGCAGGGGAUCUCCAGUAAAACCAGAAGCGUGUAUUCACACUCUCUUGGUCACUUGGUAAAAUAAGGUAGAUGUUCGGUAAUCAGACCUGUCUGGAUUUUAGAGCCGUUUUCAACGGACCAAGUUGCCAGUGUGCUUCCCAACCAGACCCUCGUUCCGUGGCUGGCGUUCCUGAGGGUUUCAGGGCCGGGCACUGGGCGCUCUGCCCUGUGAGCUGGGGGGGCAGGCAUGCUGCCUUCACCUGCCCCCUCCUCGGGAAGGCGGGCACCAGCCUAGCACAUGUGCGGGGAGGUCCGGGUCCCCCCGCUUCCAAAGCUCGCUCAGGCACCUCCACUGUUAGCAGAGAUGUGUCCGCCGAGUAACGGCCUCUCCUGUGAAAGUGAGGGUCCCCCCCGCCCCAACUUCCUUUAGUCCACGAGAACAGGCACCCAGUAGGUCUUGUGUAACAGCAAAGUGCUGCAGAGGGGGUCAUUCCAGCUCACGAGAGGUUUCAGGGGACCGCCCUACUGUGGGCAGUGGGGGACACACGUACAGACAUUUGAUUCUGGCCUGGGGUGUGCAAUUAAAAUUAGGUUUAUUUAUUUUUUUUUUUGAAAGCCUCUUUGACGUCUUUGCAAAAAACAUGUGUUUAUUGGUCACGGAAACGUCCGACUCGUGUUUAAGUGACAGGGCGCUCACGGCGGCGACCUUUGUUACUGCUGCUUCGGCUUUAUGCUUAGGUCAAGAUCCGUAACACCCGUGUAUCUCCUCGUAAGGAGUGAUUGAAGCCUCAGAGGUACCCCGCAAACCGCGUCCCCGCAAAGACGACUAACUCACGAUCCUGCGGCCCCCGCCCUUCUUGUGGAACUGACGUAGCUGGUGUCUUCCGAUGGCACAGAAGCUUAAUAAAGUAACUUAUGUUUAUGGACCCAAAAGGA